GACGCGAGAGCCGCCGCCGACGACGACGCGAGCGACGACGACGACGACGACGCGAGAGACGCCGUCGCCGCGCGCGACGACGAGGACGACGACGACGAAGACGCCGCGACGACGAUGGACGGCGGGACCGUUACACGCGCUGACGAAGGCGAAGGCGACGACGCGGGACGACGACGCGGGACGACGCGCGACGACGACGACGACGACGACGCGCGCGAUGGGUCAAUCGUACGACUUCGCGGUCGAACACGACGCGGCGGUCGUGCGCGUGGACGCGGCGUGCGCGCGGGCGACGGCGCGGAGCGCGCGGGCGGCGGCGCACUGCGAGGCGAGACGCGCGGAGGCGAUGAAACGCGUGCGAGAGGCGUUUCGAGCGGCGUGCGAACGGAGGGGGGGACUGGAAGCGCCGCCGCAGCUGGCGCUCGAGCGAUGGAGGUUCGCGACGAAGUUGGCGGAGGAGGCGCGGGGACGAACGGCGGCGGCGGCGGGAAAGGGAAAGACGAAACGGCGGAGACGAGGCGCGUGCGGCCUCGUGGGGGAGAACACGGACGCCAUGUUUCCGAACGUCGCGCACGACGGCGCGACGAAAGGGACGAUGGCGAACGAUUUGAUGCGCGCGGGGGUCUCGGAGGCGAUCGCCAUCGAGAUUGAGGCGUCGGUGUGCGCGGCGUCGGCGAAGGAGGUCGUCGCGUUGGAGGCGAUGAAACAGAAACUGGUGGACGGUGGCGCGCACGGUCUGGCCAAGCUCGCGGCGACGAAAUUGACGAUACAUAAACACUCGCGAGAUUUGACGCUUGGCGACGAUUACUUGGUCAAGUUGACGCACGAGGCGUACGGCAAGUUGCGCGCGCUUUACGAAAAGCACUCGCGCGCCGGCGGCGACGACGACGGUGACGACGACGUGCACGACAGAAUGUUCGCGCUGUUGCUUAGGUACAAAACGAUUCAUGGCCAUGGAUUCCAAGCGGCGUGCUCGCACGACGUCUUCCGCGUGUUGCACGAUGAUCUGAAGGUUACGAUGGAGUGCUUCGCGUCGCCCAUGAACGCGUACUUCGCGCGAUUUUGCAGCGCUUUCGGCGACGUCGACGCCCCGUUCGGGAGCAUCGGCUCGUUCGCGGCGUUUCAACCGUCGAGAGGGUCGUACGAGGUAAAUCCACCUUUCGUGCGCGAGGUCUUGGACGAGGCCGCCCUCUGGUGCGAGGCGUUGCUCGAACGCGCGGAGAAGUCACAAAACGCGCUCACGUUUGUCUUCAUCAUGCCGGGAUGGAAAGAGACGGGCGCGUUCGAUGCGCUCACAAACAGCGCGUUUCUUCGAGCGAACGUACUCAUCGCCGCGGUCGACCACGGAUAUUGCGACGGCGCUUCGCAUCAACGGCGCGAUCCCUAUCGAGCGUCGCCGUACGACACGUGCGUCUUCGUCUUGCAAUCUUCCAAAGCAGCGCGAGACGUGGGUGUGAAGGAUACGUUCGCCACAUCCGUGCGUGUCGCGAUGGCGCGAGCUGUGCCCACGCUCGCUCAACUCAAGCGUCAGAAACGCGCGUGA